AUUUUCUUGGUGUUUAUUGUACAAAAUUCACUGAGUACAUACAAUCAUGGAGGUUAUGGCAAACAACAGUAAUGUAGUUAGGGUAAAGGAAGAGCCGAGUGAUACUUGGUCGAAUGCAGGUGACGAUUACGUUUUCGAUUUUGUGGACUCUUGCAAAGCCGAAAAUUUGGAAACUUCACCAUUUCAUAAAUUAUCAAGAAAACACAAAAAUGAAGCUGCAGCGAUAAACGAAAAGUUAGAUAACAAAAUAUUCAUAGGAUUUGAAUGCAAAUAUGUAAAACCUGAUCUACCGACAACCAUCUGCAAAACUGAGUAUCCAAAUUCUCAACCCAUUGUGAAUACAGAAAACCAAAUUAAUUCCAAAUAUUCGGACGAUAAGGAAAUGAUAAUUUUGAUUAAAAAAGGAUUCGAUUAUCAUAAUGAUUGUCAAUUUCAAAUCAAACUAUCUCAUAAGUAUAAUUUGUGUCGAAAAACGUUUAAACGAAAAACGAAUCUAAAAACACAUAUAAAUGCGACUAUUACAAACAUUGGACCACGUGAAUGUGAGAUUUGUCAUAAAUCAUUCAGAUAUCAAAGUAAUCUCAAAUAUCACGUACGUGCAGUACAUGAUCGUAUCAAACUCUACGAAUGUGUAAUUUGUCACAAAUCAUUUUCAUUCAAGAGCAAUCUCAAUACACACGUUAGUACAGUACAUGAUCAUAACAAACCCUUCGAAUGUGAAAUUUGUCACAAAUCAUUUGGAUACAAGUGUGAUCUCAACAAACACAUAAAUGCAGUACAUGACCGCAGUAAACCCUUCGAGUGUGAUGUCUGUAACAAAUCAUUUGGUUACAAGGAUGAUCUCAAGAAACACAUAAAUACAGUACACGAUCGGAGCAAACCUUUUGAAUGUAAUAUUUGUCACAAAUCAUUUGGAUACCAGUAUAAACUCAAAAGGCACAUAAAUGCGGUACAUAAUCGAAGAAAACCCUUCGAGUGUAAUAUUUGUCAUAAGUCAUAUAGCCGCAAGGAUUAUCUCAAAACUCACGCGAAUGCAGUACAUAAUCAGAGUAAACCUUUUGAAUGUGAGAUUUGUCACAAAUCAUUUGGGGAUAAAAGUAAUUUCAACAGGCAUAUACAUGGAGUGCAUGAUCGGAGCAAACCCUUUGAAUGUACAAUUUGACACAAAUCAUAUAGCUACAAAGGUACUAUUAUAACUCACAUCGAUGCACUACAUGUUCGCACCAAUUCCUUUAAAUGUGACAUUUGUCUCAAAACAUGUGGAUAUAAACACUGCCUUAAAAGUCAUGUCAAUACAGUACAUAAUCAUG